UUCAGAUUAGUGAUCAUCUUCUUCUCUUGAACAAGAUCUCUCUAACCCUUUAACCCCGAUUCGACUCAGCUGUAAGUAGUUAGGCCAAAGGAUUCUAACCAGGCUUGGAGCUACUACAAGUCAAGUUUCCUCCUUUACUUGAGUAAAAUCAUCAUGGGGUUCUGGACACUGAUGGAAGGGUUGCUGCUAUUCGCAAACGCACUUGCUAUCCUCAACGAAGACCGUUUCUUAGCUCCCAAAGGAUGGAUACUCGCGGAGCUACACCAAACCGGCAAAAGAAACUCCCUCAAAGGCCAAAUCGUUGGUCUCAUCCACGCCUGCCAGUACAUGAGGCUCCCCCUCAUGCUCUUCAACUUAAUUGUCAUCGUCUUUAAACUCUUCUCCGGUUAAAAAAUAUCAUAUUCAAAUACACUAGUUGAUCCUUUGUCUGAACAAGCACUUUGUUGUUGAUUCAUCCAUGUUCGUUCAAUAGAAAUUUUAAAAUCAAAAGCUAGCAUUGGUAUACAUUA